GCGCUUGUUCAGCGCCAUGGUAACGGCGCAAAGCGUUCUUCCAGAUUCACUCUUGGAGAGUUGAAAUCGUAACACAUUUCUUACCUUUUAAUUGCGAUAUUUUUAUCAAUAUAGUUUGAAUUCAUAUCUAAAACCUGGGAAAUGAUGAGCCGCACGCCUGAUGCAAGAGCGAGGGACACCCAGACCAAGCAGAUACAAGACAACAUCACCAAUGUAGAGAAACACUUUGGAGAUCUGUGCCAAAUGUUUGCAGCUUAUGUCCGUAAAACUGCACGACUCCGGGACAAAGCUGACCUACUUGUCCGAGAAAUCGGUCAGUAUGCUGACACAGAGACACCCAACCUGAAAUGUGGAUUGAAGAAUUUUGCUGAUCAACUAGCCAAGAUUCAGGACUAUCGCCAAGCGGAGGUGGAGAGACUGGAGGUUAAAGUUAUAGAGCCAUUGAAAGCGUAUGGGAAUAUUGUAAAGACAAAAAGGGAAGACCUGAAGUUGACACAGAAUGCAAGGAACAGAGAGGCCAAGCAGAUGCAGCAGCUAGAAAAAAUGAGACAGAAAAACCCAUCAGACAGACAGAUCAUUUCGCAGGUGGUUUGUGCUUUACUUUUGUCUGUUAUGUCACGAAAGGCCGAGAGUGAACUCCAAUGAGCCACAAUGGACGCCACGCGCACGACUCGACAGCUGGAGGAGACAAUAGACGACUUUGAAAAGCAGAAGAUUUGUGACAUCAAGAAGAUUUUGGGUGAAUUCGUGACAGUUGAAAUGGCGUUUCAUGCCAAGGCUUUGGAAAUUUACACGACUGCUUACCAGAAGAUUCAGAAUGUUGAUGAGGAAGGAGACCUUGAGGUAUUUAGGAAUUCCCUGCAUCCCCCUGACUACCAGUCACGUUUAGAAAUCGUUCGUGCGAAUUCAAAACUGUCUUUGAAUCGAACUGGUACAUCAAUGAGUAGAUCAGGAACAUUACAGUCCAGACCAUCUAGCAGGCAGAGAAAACGGGACGAGGAAGACGACGACGACGACAACGAGGAUGAUGAAGAUGAGGAUGAUUUAGAGGAAGUGGCAGAUGAUGAGCAUUAAGAUGAAUUUCCAUUGCCAUUCUGUGAUCAUCCAUGUGUGUUCCAGAGUGUUUUUAGACAAUGUCAUUCCUGUUCAACUACAUUUUAAAUCGAGAGAACACUAUAAAACUACUUUGUAGAAGCAGAAAUAAAUUAAAGCUCAGAGAUGAGGUUGGGAGUGAGUGCUUUGUUGUAAAUCACAUACUUGUAUUGGAUAACACAUUUCAAACGUCGUGAAGUUUUAUUUUAAAUAGUUUUACGUCUGCCAACAUGUGUUUUGUGUACAAGUGCCAAGCAGUAUGGGGGUUUGUUAAACAUGCCCUAGACAAUGUUUGUGUACCAAUAAAGCUGGCAUUAUUUUGCACAAUGGGCAUUUUUCAUGAUCUCAUAUCUCAGAGUUUGUGCAUUUGUUCUUCUGUUUGCAGUGUAGAUACCAAAAGAGUUAGUGUGGGUACAUGUAUGUUAUUUGCUAAAACAACAGCAAAUCCCUGGUAUCUGUUCCACCCUGUGCUGUGCAUCAUUGUGUCUAAUAGCUUUUAUGUCAGUCAUGAGUGAGUCAGAAACACUAACCAGUAUUGCUGGUGUAAUUAUAAACAGUUCUGACAGGAGCAGAAGAGUAGAAGACGGCUCAUUAAUAUUACAGGCCAUUAUACAGUAAUUGCAAUUUAUGUGUUGCUGUAUGACAUCUGGUGGCAUGUUGUUGGUGUAAUGAAAUUACAUACUUGGUGUGUGAGAAAGAUGUUUGGCAGCUCUACGUGUAUGACAGGACAAUUGUGUUCCAGAGGCUGUACAUCAGGAACUACAGAACAGAGUUCUCUUUCAGAGUCUGUCAGAACUUAAGAAAAAUGUUCUGUAGUCUCAUAACACAGACUGUGAUGUUGCCAUACUUAAAUGCAACAGAUGUGUUUGCUGAGGGAGUCUGAGGAAAGCUGUUUUAUUUUACAUAGAGAAGGGCUGCCAUAUUGGAGCUGACAUGUUGUGGUCACAUGACCAGCCAAACACUUUUCUUUCAGUUACCCCCCUUUGUUGGACACUUUCAUUCAUGGAUUAAAGAAAUUCUGGCCAACUGCAAAUAAAAAAUGUCUGCAAUAGCUAUGAAAACUUGCCUGUGUUUUAGAGCGGGGUUCUCAAUAGUUUAGAUGCCAAAGACCACAUGAUCAUCCUUAUGUGAGGGACCCCAUCCUAAAAUGUAAAAGGCAUAAAACACCCAAUUUAUAAACAGAAAAACGAAUGUUAUAAAUGUAAAAUUAGUUUGUUGCACUGUAAAAAAAAAUACCUGUAGAAAAAAACGAAUAUUUUGGCAGCUGGGGCACCAAAAAAGGACAGU